CGGCUCCUCUCGCGCUCGGUCCCGCGGCGUGGCCCGGGCAGCGGCCGGCCCGGCGGAGGCUCCGCGGCGCGGGCAGGGGAUGUCCGCGCGUCCGCGCCCUCGGGCGGCGGAGUGGCCCCGGGCCCAGCGGUCGCCCCUGCCGCCGGCGCUCCGGGCGCAGGUUUGGACUUAAAAAAAAAAAAUCGUUUCCUAGUGAUCAACACCGCUCGCUGAUGUGACACCAAGCAGCUCCUGCCGCUCUGCCCACAGCCCCUUUUGCCCAGAGUGGGGUGGUGGGCACAGGCGGCCUCGCCUGCCAAUGCCACCCUUGGCGGGACCCGAGGAACAGGGGCAGCCAUGCCGCCCCCCGCCCCCGCUGCCCCGCGCUAACCUGCCGAGUGCGGGCGCCCCGGGGACCCCGGAGGACUGACCGAUCUGACCUUGCUUCACACCCACACCAACAGGCCGCUCCCCCACGAUGUCGCUCGCGUGGCUGGCGGCCUGGAGCUGGUCGCUGGACGGCCUGCGGGACUGCAUCGCCACGGGCAUCCAGUCCGUGCGGGACUGCGACACCGCGGCCGUGGCCACCGUGGCCUGCCUGCUGGUCCUGUUCGCCUGGUACUGCUACCACGUGGGCCGGGAGCAGCCGCGGCCCUACGCCUCCGUGUCCUCGCUCCUGCAGGGCGGCGGGGACGCCGGCGGGCUGCAGAACGGGUACGCGUACUGCCAGUCCCCCGAGUGCGUGCGCUGCGCCCACCACGAGGGCCUCAACCAGAAGCUCUACCACAACCUGCAGGAGUACGCCAAGCGCUACUCCUGGUCGGGCAUGGGCCGCAUCCACAAGGGCAUCCGCGAGCAGGGCCGCUACCUCACCGGCCGGCCCUCCAUCCAGAGGCCCGAGGUCUUCUUCCUGCCCGACCUCCCCACGGCGCCCUACUUCCCCCGGGACGCCCAGCGGCACGACGUGGAGCUGCUGGAGCGCGGCUUUCCCGCCAUCCUGGGCGAGUUCGAGGCGCUGUCCCAGGGCUUCUCCAACUGCGGCCUGCCGCAGGGCUGGAAGCUCAACAGCACGCCCCGCGGCGAGUGGCUCACCUUCUACCUGGUCAACCAGGGCGUGUGCGUGCCCGGGAACUGCCGCAGGUGCCCACGGACGUACCGCCUGCUCGGCAGCCUGCGGACCUGUAUCGGGAACAAUGUGUUUGGCAACGCGUGCAUCUCCGUGCUCAGCCCCGGGACCGUGAUCACGGAGCACUACGGGCCCACCAACAUCCGCAUCCGGUGCCACUUAGGUCUGAAAACCCCAAGUGGCUGUGAGCUGGUGGUGGGGGGCGAGCCCCAGUGUUGGGCAGAAGGCCGCUGCCUUCUCUUUGACGACUCUUUCCUGCACACCGCAUUCCAUGAAGGUGCGGCGGAGGAUGGCCCGCGGGUGGUGUUCAUGGUGGACCUGUGGCAUCCGAAUGUGGCCGCGGCGGAACGGCAGGCCCUGGACUUCAUCUUUGCUCCGGGCCGAUGAGAACACGUCCCGGGCCAGGUCGGCGAGAGAGGCCUGGGGCCAGCCUGGACGGACAGCCGGGGGGACGGCCAGGCCCGGCCCGGCGCCCGCGUUGAACGAUCCCAUGCUCAGAAACCUGCCUCGACAGAAAGCGCUCCUUCGGGGUUUUUAUGCCGUGCGGGGUCCCUCUCUCCUCCCGUUGUCAGUGGGACAUUUCCGCUCUGUCUUUCCUUAGAGGUCUUUUUCCCUCCGUCCGUCCGUUCGUUUGCUUCUGCGGUUCGUUCCCGCUAACGACGCGGUCCUGGGCUCUGGGGCCAGAGGCUGGCGCCCCCGUUGGCAGUGUCACGUUGCCGCUGGCCCUUUUCAGUGUGAAGGUAACAACGUAAAGCUGCUUGUGGCCGCCAUACAAGACAGAAAACACUGCAACCCAGAGCGCUGGAGAGUGGCCUCCGCUGCUGUCGCCGUCACAAGGGGGACCCUCCGCCCCCCAGGCAGGUGGAGGCUGCAGGCCCUGCCCCCGGCCAGCUGCAUGGGCAGGACGGACACGUCAGGGGCAGGACGGACACGGUCAGGGACACGCAUGGCCUGGGGAAAUGUCACCAUCCGCUCACCCCACCGCAAACCGUGUUCAUCUGAUGGCGGAGAGCGUGCGGCUGCGGGACCAGAGGCUUUUCUGCCACGUGGCUCUCCUUCCGAGCCGAGGCUGGUGUCCUCGGGCGGGGCUCCCACGGAUCGGCCGCAGAAGGUGUACGUCACUUACCUCACUGCCCACAGAAGCCCCACUGCCACCCGGGCCCGCACAGUCCCCGUCUGAGCCGUUCUGACGAUGACCUCCGAGGCCACCUGGUCGGCCCACUGGGGCUGUGACGGGCCAGGCCUGCACGUGUCCAGUGACACCUGGGAAGCCGUUUCCCGGCAGAACCGGAACUCUGGGUGUGACCCAAGUGUCUGUUUCGUUUGGAGUUUCGUGGCCUAUGAUUUUCCAUUUACAUGUCUGUACAUAAAUGUGCAAACGCUGGACUCAGAAACAGCGGGAGAGUCAGCCCUGUGGCCUUGUUAUUGGCAGCCAAAGCGAAUGUGUGAGACAGGAUCCCCGGAAGACCUACAGACCCAAAGGGCCCUGGUCCCCGGAGCUGGCCCGGCCCUUCCAUCUCCUGUGAAGGGCAGGGCCAGGAGGGGGCGCUAAGUCUAGAAACAUCCUCCUGUUAGCUGAGGUGUGGAGGGCAGCUCCUCCUUCCAUACGAGAUGCCGGCUUGCAUCAUGGGUAACGGCAGCGUCAGGUCGGUGAGGCCGUGACACGGUUCAAAUACAAGCCUGUCACAGGGGCAGGCCCCGUGAUCCAUCCACAUGGAAGCCAGCAGCUUCUGUGAGAAGGAACCACGACCUGCAGCGCACUAGCAGAUCCUAGCAAGCGAGCCGAGAUGACGUGUCUGCGGUUGAGUGAAAUGUCUGUGAGGUAUUUCCCAGUGACUAGGAUGCAGGAAAGGGCAGACCUUUCAAAGCACCGAAGUUCUCUUUACUUGUGUUUGUUCAGGAGUCACCGAGGCGCAUGAUUUCUCUGCACACCGACCACUCUGCGUUUACAAAGCCAACAGCCCGCGCAGGCGCCCGUCUGCCUGUGCUCGUGUGACGGGAUGGGGACCAGGAGGCCAAUAAAGGGUCUCGCUGAAAACCAC